UGCGGCCCAGCCCGCACGCCGCGUCUGCCUGGGGUGCUGUCCCCGCGUCCGCAUCUGUCGGUCCCUGUGGGAUCCCGCCACCAGCCGGGUUUGGGGACCACAAAGGGGGCGUCGGUACCCGACCGUGUAGACGCGGCCCGGCCUCGCCAUGAAGUCCCGAAGGGACAAGCUGCACAUCCCGGCGCUGACCCUCGACUGCCGCAGCGGGAACCGUAAGAGCCUCGUGGUAGGAACACCCUCACCAACCCUUUCCAGGCCCCUGUCACCAUUGUCAGUCCCAACCGCAGGCAACAGUCCCCUGGACAGUCCCCGGAACUUCUCAGCUGUGUCAGCUGUCAACUUCCCCUUCGCCCGGAGCCACAUCUCUCGAACGGACAGGGCUGAUGGCAGAAGAUGGUCCCUCGCAUCCCUCCCGUCCUCUGGCUAUGGAACCAACACGCCCAGCUCCACCGUCUCGUCGAGCUCAUCCUCCCGGGAGCAUCUCCACCAGCUUCCUUUCCAACCGACGCCAGACGAACUGCGUUUCCUGUCCAAGCAUUUCCGCAGCUCAGAGAGUGUGGCUGAUGAGGAGGGUGGCCACCGCUCGCCCCGCCUUCGACCCCGCUCCCGUAGCCUCAGCCCUGGACGCACAACAGGAACCUUCGACAAUGAGAUCGUCAUGAUGAAUCAUGUGUACCGGGAGAGGUUCCCAAAGGCCACGGCCCAGAUGGAGGGCCGUCUGCAGGAGUUCCUCACGGCCUACUCGCCCGGUGCCCAGCUGGCACUGGCCGAUGGCGUCCUGGGCUUCAUCCACCACCAGAUUGUGGAGCUGGCCCGCGACUGCCUGGCCAAGUCUGGAGAGGCCCUGGUCACCUCCCGCUACUUCCUGGAGAUGCAAGACAAGCUGGAGAGGCUGCUGCAGGAUGCCCACGAGCGCUCGGACAGUGAGGAGGUCGGCUUCGUUGUCCAGCUGGUCCGGAAGCUGCUGAUCAUCAUCUCACGGCCAGCAAGGCUCCUCGAGUGCCUCGAGUUUGACCCUGAAGAAUUCUACCACCUGCUGGAGGCCGCCGAGGGCCAGGCUCGAGCGGGCCAGGGCAUCAAGACGGACCUGCCGCAGUACAUCAUUGGGCAGCUGGGCCUGACGAAGGACCCUCUUGAGGAGAUGGUGCCUCUGAGUCACCUUGAUGACAAAGGACAGCCCCCAGCCCCUGAGUCCCUGGAGAGCCGUGCCCUGGUUGGUCCGUCACGGAGGAAGCCAUGUGAGAGUGACUUCGAGACCAUCAAGCUCAUUAGCAAUGGGGCCUAUGGGGCCGUCUACCUGGUGCGGCACCGGGACACUCGCCAGCGCUUCGCCAUCAAGAAGAUCAACAAGCAGAACCUGAUCCUCCGUAACCAGAUCCAGCAGGUCUUCGUGGAGCGCGACAUCCUCACCUUUGCGGAGAACCCCUUUGUGGUCAGCAUGUUCUGCUCCUUUGAGACCCGGCGCCACCUCUGCAUGGUCAUGGAGUACGUGGAAGGCGGUGACUGUGCCACGCUUUUGAAGAACAUGGGCCCGCUGCCCGUGGACAUGGCCCGCAUGUACUUCGCAGAGACGGUCCUGGCGCUAGAAUACCUGCACAACUACGGCAUUGUGCACAGAGACCUCAAGCCUGACAACCUGCUGAUCACCUCGCUGGGCCACAUCAAGCUGACCGACUUCGGCCUGUCCAAGAUCGGGCUCAUGAGCAUGGCCACCAACCUCUACGAGGGCCACAUUGAGAAGGACACCAGGGAGUUCAUGGACAAGCAGGUGUGCGGGACGCCCGAGUACAUCGCACCUGAAGUGAUCUUCCGCCAGGGCUACGGCAAGCCGGUGGACUGGUGGGCCAUGGGCGUUGUCCUCUAUGAGUUCCUGGUGGGCUGUGUGCCUUUCUUUGGAGAUACCCCCGAGGAACUCUUUGGCCAGGUGGUCAGUGAUGAGAUCAUGUGGCCGGAGGGGGAGGAGGCCCUUCCAGCUGACGCCCAGGACCUCAUCACCAAGCUCCUUCGGCAGAGCCCCCUGGACCGUCUUGGCACUGGUGGCACCCAUGAGGUCAAGCAGCACCCCUUCUUCUGGACAUUGGACUGGGCAGGGCUUCUGCGCCACAAGGCCGAGUUCGUGCCACAGCUGGAAGCCGAGGACGACACCAGCUACUUCGACACGCGCUCAGAACGGUACCGGCACCUGGGCUCUGAGGACGAUGAAACCAACGAUGAGGAGUCAUCCACGGAGAUCCCCCAGUUCUCGUCCUGCUCUCACCGGUUCAGCAAGGUCUACAGCAGCUCGGAGUUCCUGGCCGUGCAGCCCACCCUCCCCUUCACUGAGCGGAGUUUCAGUGAGGACCGGGAGGAAGGGUGGGAACGUGGCGAAGGGGAGUGUGGCCGCCAGCUGAGCACUGAGGUCCGGCUGAGGUCUUGGACAUCCUCGGGUUCUUCCUGCUACUCAUCCUCUUCCCAGCCUGAGCGGGGACCCAGCCCGUCUCUCAUGAGCACCAUCAGCCUCGAUACGAUGCCCAAGUUCGCCUUCUCGUCGGAGGACGAGGGAGCCGGCCCAGGCCCUGUGGGCCCCAAGAGGCCUGUCUUCAUCCUGGGGGAGCCGGAUCUGCCCCCAGCAGCCACCCCAGGGGUGCCCAAGCCCUCGAGCCUCUCUGCCGACCCCACCGCCCUCGGUCAGACGCGCCUACGGAGCAACAGCACUGGUGCCCGACACUCCACGCCACGGGCCCUGGACGCCAGCCGGGGCCACCGCCUCAGGGGCCCUAAAGACCUGGCCCCUGAGAAGUCCAGGGCUGCCUCCAGCGGGGGCUGCAUGCCCAAGUCAGCCUCAGUGUCCGCCCUGUCGCUGAUCAUCACAGCCGAUGAUGGCAGCGGCGGCCCCCUUAUGAGCCCCCUAUCCCCACGCUCACUGUCCUCGAACCCGUCAUCUCGUGACUCCUCUCCCAGCCGGGACCCGUCCCCUGUGUGUGGCAGCCUGCGGCCCCCCAUUGUCAUCCACUGCUCUGGCAAGAAGUACGGCUUCAGCCUGCGGGCCAUCCGUGUCUACAUGGGCGACAGUGAUGUCUACACUGUGCACCAUGUUGUCUGGAGCGUGGAGGAGGGGAGUCCUGCCCACCAGGCGGGCCUGCGAGCCGGAGACCUCAUCACCCACGUCAAUGGGGAGUCGGUCCUGGGGCUGGUACACAUGGACGUCGUGGAGCUGCUGCUGAAGAGCAGCAACAAGAUCACCCUUCGGACCACAGCCCUGGAGAACACGUCCAUCAAGGUGGGCCCGGCCCGGAAGAACGUGGCCAAGGGCCGCAUGGCACGCAGGAGCAAGCGGAGCCGCCGGCGUGAGACGCAGGACCGGCGGAAGUCGCUCUUCAAGAAGAUCUCGAAACAGUCGUCGGUGUUGCACACAAGCCGCAGCUUCUCGUCCGGCCUCCACCACUCCUUGUCGUCCAGCGAGAGCCUCCCAGGCUCACCCACCCACAGCCUUUCCCCCAGCCCCACUAUGCCCUGCCGUAGCCCCGCUUCUGAUGCCCUGGCAGACACCGCGUCUCCACCCAAUGCAUCUCCAAGCUCCAGCAGCCCUGCCUCUCCAGCCACUGCUGGCCACACCCGCCCCAGCUCCCUUCAUGGCCUGGCCGCCAAGCUCGGGCCACCCCGUCCCAAGUCCGGCCGCCGCAAGUCUACCAGCAGCAUCCCACCCUCCCCACUGGCUUGCCCGCCUGUGCCUGCACCUCCACCCCACUCACCCUCACCCCUGCCCGCGCCCACCCGGUCCCCAAGGUUGCGCCGGGGCCAGUCGGCGGAGAAACUGGGUGCAGGUGAGCGGCUGGAGGGGGAGCUGGGGCGUCGCAACCGCGGGCCAGACUCGGAGCUGGUAGUCAUGCGGAGGUUGCACCUGUCUGAGCGCCGUGACUCUUUCAAGAAGCAGGAGGCUGUGCAGGAGGUGAGCUUUGACGAGCCACUCGAGGAGGCCGCCAGGCUGCCUGCUGUGAUGCCUCAGAUCGCAGUCGAGGGCGCUGAGGCUGUUCCCGGAGCCCUGGGGCGCACUGAGAAGGACUGAUCCCUCCCACCUGGCCUCACUCUGGCCUGGAAGUUGUGCGUUUUUUGUGCAAGGUUUGUCCAGUCAGGUGACACCUGGAUGGAGACUAAGCCACCAGCCUGUGACUCCAGAAGGCAGGAGGCGUCACGCUUCUUGCUGGAAGGUGGAGUCAAGCACCUGCAUGUUUUGGUGCCAUCAGUCAGGGGCUGCAGGGCAGGAAUGGGAGACAAGGGUGGCACUGUAAAUAGCAGCAAAUCCCUGUGAGUAAUUUAUUACUUUUUUUUUUUUUAAGUAUAAGAGAAAGUUGGUUCAGAAAGUUAGAGGCAAAAGAAAGGUCCUUGAAAGAAAGGGGCUCAGGGAACAAGUUACAGGGGCAAAAGUAGGGCCUUUGGGAGAGAAAGGUAAAGGUAACUUGUUUGGGGGAAGAAGAGGAGGGAAAGGGGCAGGCGUGCUCCUGGGGGGGAGAGCAAACCUAAUGUGUUGCUUUCUGUCACCGGAAGCCAGACGGAGCUGCCAGGCUGCCACCCCUGGCAUCUGGGACCCUAUUUGCAGGCCCUGCCUCUGGGGCUCUGAAGGAAGCACUUUGGACAAGUCACACGUGUGUGUUUUCUCGUUUUUCUGUAUUUUUAACAUCUUUUUGUUUGUUUUUAAAGUUUUUUUGUGUUUUACUUGAUCCCAUCCCUGACCCAAGACUCACCGAUGGGGAUGCUUGUUUGGGCCCAACUUGGAUGUGACUUGGAGAGUCUAAUUGAUUCCCCUCCACCACAAAACAGAGUCAUCCCCAUGAUGAUCUGGAUGCUGAAGACUGCUUCCCACCAUCACAGCCUCCAUGUGUAGACCAGCCUGGCUAGAGUCUGCCUCUAGUCCUUUGGGCUUAGGGGAUGUGGGAACUGAGGCUUUAAUGGAUGAAUAGGAGUUCACCACAUCUAGGCAGAGGGGUCAUCCACUCCACUGGGGGACACUAAUGCCCCAGGAGGCGGAGGCCUCAAAGGGCACUGCCAGGGCAGAAGAAUGUCCACCCUGGACAAGAUUUCACAUGUUCGAUGCCGGUCGAGGUGAGCACAAGAACAUGCUGUGUCUGAAACACCCUCUGACGGUUCCCUCAAUGUGUCAGAGCCUCCCUGGGAUGAAACUGAGUCGAAAACCCAAACGGGGGGUAGUGAAGUCUGAGUUUGAACCUUGGCUUCACUGUUUGGCUCUGGGAAAAUGAUUGCUCCACUCUGUGCCUGAGUUUCCUCGUGUUUACAAAACUAAUCCCAGUAACUUUAUUAAGCACCUACUAUGUGCCAAGGUCUUUUACUCAUGUCUUGUCCCUCAGCCAGCCUUGGGAAGGCUGGAGCUGGUGUCAUCACCCCCAUUUACAGACAAACAACCGAGGCCUGAUGAGGGGCAGAGACUUGUCCCACAACUGCUUGGUGAGAGUCAUGCAGCCAGGCCCUGCUGUGGGCCUUGUCAGCAAGGGAGCCUGAGUGCGGUCUGAUGUCAGAUACAGCUGGCUCCAGCCAGCCCAUGUUGCUGUGUGACCCAUGGGGGCAUCUCGGAGCCUGUUUCCCAUUGGGAGGUGGCUGGCAAGGUCGCUGCGCCCCACAUGGCUUCAGGCAUUCUCCCCACAUCUGCAGCCUGCUCGGCAUCCUCCCGCCCUCCCCAGCACUGCCUAAGUGUUGGAGCUAGACCGAGGCUGUGCAUGACUUGCUUCUUUCUUCCAUCAUGGAGCUGACAGUGAAUAAAACCCACAUUGACAAAGA